AUAAUACUACAGUACAACGUCAGAAAAUCUAAAGACACGGUGAUGGCCACGCUGCUCCGCGACCCCAGGAUCGAUAACUACGACAUACUAGCUAUCCAGGAACCGUGGAAGAACCCGUUCAACGACACGACGCAUCACCCAGUAAAGGACCGAUUCCACCUUUGCUAUCCCACUAACGGUAUCGCACGUCCUGCUGCGGUGCCGCCGAUUCCGAUAACUCCGACGCCAGGAACUAGGAUCCAUCCCAGGACGAAACGACCUCCGGGCCCUGCUAAACAAGCGCACAGCAGCCGCGAAAGCCAUCAGAUUCAUAGAACAAACCGGGAUCCUUGGGCAAUUCAGGAUCGAGUUCCAACCCAGACAAAGCUGAGCACUGGGGGGAGACUGUAGGUACACAGACCCGGCACAGGGGGCAUCGCGCCCUGAAGGAGCCUACGACACGGAUGCAUUAGUAGGAACCGCGAUCUACACGAGGCGACCACCAAAU